AUCCAUUCCAAGUUUCCUUGCCCAACAAAACAUUAGCAGACUAAAGCCAAUACCCACUAGCAAGGGCCAAGCUUUCAAGUAAUUAACCAGCUGAACUAAACAUGGAGACUGGCAUAGCUUGCUGUGCUCGUGGGGCUUUGUUGCCUGGUGUUUCUUCUCAGCACGCUAAAGUUCUAGCUUCUCCUUCCUCCUUCACCUUCCGGAGUUUGAACUCUAGCUCACUGUUCGGAGAAUCAUUGCGGCUAAUACCAAGAUCAUCCCUCAAAGUUUCAAAGAUAAAGAAUACUUCCAUUGCGACCAGAUGCGAGAUUGGUGAUAGCUUGGAAGAGUUCCUGACAAAGGCAACCCCAGAUAAGGGACUUGUUAGGUUGUUGACGUGCAUGGGAGAGGCAUUGAGAACCAUCGCAUUCAAGGUCAGGACCGCUUCUUGUGGAGGAACAGCAUGUGUCAAUUCCUUUGGAGAUGAGCAGCUUGCUGUUGAUAUGAUUGCAAACAAGCUCCUUUUCGAGGCCUUGACUUACUCACACUUCUGCAAAUAUGGUUGCUCUGAAGAAGUUCCUGAACUGCAAGACAUGGGAGGCCCAGCUGAAGGUGGAUUUAGUGUUGCUUUUGAUCCACUUGAUGGCUCAAGUAUUGUAGACACAAAUUUCUCUGUGGGCACCAUCUUUGGAGUGUGGCCAGGAGAUAAACUAACAGGAGUGACAGGAAGAGACCAGGUUGCAGCAGCGAUGGGAGUUUAUGGUCCAAGAACUACAUAUGUUCUUGCUCUUAAAGACUACCCUGGAACCCACGAGUUCCUUCUUCUAGACGAAGGAAAAUGGCAACUUGUCAAGGAGACAACAGAAGUUGGUGAAGGAAAACUAUUCUCUCCUGGAAAUUUGAGAGCCACAUUUGACAACCCUAACUAUGAGAAGUUGAUCAACUUCUAUGUGAAAGAAAAAUACACCCUGAGAUACACAGGAGGAAUGGUUCCAGAUGUUAAUCAGAUCAUUGUAAAAGAGAAGGGUAUCUUCACCAAUGUGACAUCACCAUCUUCCAAAGCCAAGUUGAGAUUGUUAUUUGAGGUGGCUCCUUUGGGAUUCUUGAUUGAGAAAGCUGGAGGCUACAGUAGUGAUGGCGUUCAGUCUGUGUUAGACAAGGAGAUAAAAAAUCUCGACGACAGAACUCAAGUUGCUUAUGGAUCCAAGAAUGAGAUUAUCCGGUUUGAAGAAAUUCUAUAUGGGAAAUCAAGACUCAAGGCUGGGGGAGUUCCUGUUGGAGCUGCUGCUUAAAGUGACAGUUCUAGCUAUCUUCCCAUGCAAACCUCUCCUUUCUUUGAGCAAAGUUAUCUUGUAUACAAUCUUUGUAAGAUAGUGACUCAAACAUUUAUAUCGGACGGAGAGUUUUAGAAUUAAAUGGUUGAAUUUGUGUUAAAAUAAGAAGGCAAGCAAGCAGGAAUCCA